UUUUAAAAUAUUUCUGUAGGCUAAAAAUAAGCCACAUGUGGUUCCCUACCAGGCGUUACCAUUACCGGCCACGUGUUGUCCCGCCGUUCUCCCGCGUCACUAACACAACACUUUUCCUUUCCCUUCAUAAGACAGUGGGCUCGCCUCCCCGAGCGUCUUUCUUCCCGAAGCGUUUGUUUUAGAAAAUUCCAAUUUGACAAAGGAGUGUAAUCGAAUAAAGGAAUUUGAAAUAAGCGCCAUGGCUUCACGGAUGAUCCGGUCCAGACUCUCACUCUCCAGACUCUAUGCAAUGGCUGGGUCCAAGAAUGGAAGAUUUCUGUCAACAGAGUCUAACAAGGUUGAUGAGCCUCUUAAAGUUGAAGAAGCAGAGACCGUCGAAGUACCUCCUCCUCCUUCUGAAAAGCUGCUUGUGUUGGGUGGGAAUGGAUUUGUUGGCUCCCAUAUCUGCAGGGAAGCUUUGAAUCGUGGUUUGGCUGUUGCCAGCCUCAGCAGGUCUGGCAGGUCAUCUUUAAGUGACUCUUGGGCUGAAAAUGUGACAUGGCAUCAAGGAAACCUUCUUUCAUCUGAUUCAUGGAAGGAAGCUCUGAAUGGAGUGACAUCUGUUAUCUCUUGCGUUGGUGGUUUUGGAUCCAAUUCGUAUAUGUAUAAGAUUAAUGGUACUGCAAACAUCAAUGCAAUCAGAGCUGCCUCAGAGAAAGGUGUGAAAAGAUUUGUUUAUAUCUCUGCUGCUGAUUUUGGCUUGGCAAACUAUUUACUGAAAGGAUAUUAUGAGGGGAAGAGAGCUGCUGAGACAGAGUUGCUGACCAAGUUUCCUUAUGGUGGUGUGAUUUUGAGGCCUGGCUUCAUUUAUGGGACUCGGAGGGUUGGAAGUGCGAAGAUACCUCUAGGUAUUGUUGGUUCGCCACUGGAAUUGGUUCUCCAACAUGCAAAACCAUUGAACCGGCUGCCACUUGUUGGCCCCCUGCUUACUCCUCCUGUUAGUGUUAGUUCGGUAGCCAAGGUUGCAGUAAGGGCGGCAACUGAUCCUGUGUUCCCCCCAGGCAUUGUAGAUGUCUAUGGAAUACAACGAUUUAGCCAGCAAAUGUCAAGAUAGAUAACUUGAACUAGAAUAAUUUUGCAUCGUUUCCCAUUGUUCAAAAAUAUGGAGCUGUCAAUAUCAAGCGGUUUAAGGUGUAUCUGCCUGAUUGUAGAUUCUUAUAAUGGUUGCUGAUGGAGUUGUGAUUAGGCAGUGAACUAAACAAGGUCAUUGGUUCACUCAGAUGCAAUAAAAUUCUCCAGGAAUGCCUGGGAUAUUUUGUUCUGGCCUACUGAAAACAUGGCGUGUAGUUACCUUUGACAAUUGUCAGGCAUUAGCUUCUGUUAUAGUCAAAUAAGUUGACAUUGGAACAUAAGUGACUGGUACAGGCAUGAUUUGGUGAA